AUGACAAUUCGAUCAUUUUCACAUGAAUCAAUUAACGGCGAUCAUUUUUCGCUUUUUCGUAUCGGACGGGGCAUUAUACUAAACAAUCUUAAGAAAGAUCAACAGCGCUGCGAGGAAGAGCUUAAUAAAGCUCGUAAUAAUUUGAUGGCUUGCUCCGCGAUAGAGCAACCAAUUGUAUGGAAUACUUUGUUCGACAACGUUACGACAAAAGCUGUUAAACUUGCUUGUGUUACAGCAGAAUUAAAAUAUUUAGAAGACUAUAGUAUUAUGGUUAUCAGUAUGUUAAAUCAACAAGGACAAUCAUUCAGUAAAGAUACUCGACUUCUAGGAAAUUCUCCACUUAAUUCAGCUCAGUUAAAACAAGCUUAUACCAACAGUGAUCAACAUCAGUUGUCAAAUUAUGUUAAAUUUUAA